AUGGCUUCUUCAUUGCUGAAAUCUGCCCUUUUGGGUCUUGCUGCUGCAUUCGUGGUUGACGCUUCCAGCCCUGCCGUGCAGAAUACCUGCGACCAGAUCAACUAUCGAAAGUCGUGGAAUGUGCUUAGCGACGAUGAGAAGCACGAGUUCAUUCAAGCCGAGCUGUGUCUGAUGCACCAUCCACCUGUUACUGGCCUUGUCGAGAAUGCCACCAGUGUCUGGGAUGAGUUUGCCAAUAUCCACAUCACCCAGGGAAACAACAUCCACUACGUCGGCCACUUCCUCCCCUGGCACCGCUACUACGUGCGCGCCCACGAACUCGCCCUCCAGAACCUAUGCAACUACACCGGCGCCCACCCCUACUGGGACGAACUCACUGAUGUCAGUAAUGCCAACGUCGCCGCUUCGUCCAUCUUCGAUCCAGACACCGGAUUCGGCGGAAACGGCACAGCCAGCAACAACAGCUGCGUGGCAGACGGCCCAUUCAAGGAUAUCGUCCUACACAUGAGCAACCACCACGCACGGGGCAAUAACUUCUGCCUCUCCCGCGGUCUCUCCCAAACCAGCCUCGAGAUGGAAGUCGCAUCCAACGUGGAGAAAUGCUUCGGAUACAAGAACUACACGGACGCCUGGUCCUGCUAUAACAGCAAUGGACCCCACGGCGGUGGCCACGGCGCGGUCGGCGGGCUGAUGGCUGAUCCGAUUGAUAGCUGCAAUGAUCCGCUAUUCUUCCUACACCAUGCCUAUCUUGAUAAGCUCUGGUGGGAAUGGCAGAUGGCAGACUACCCGUGUCGUCUGUAUGAUAUGGGUGGGAAUAAUACCGCGCCGGACUCGAUUCUCGAUCAAGCGGGUCUGUCGCAGCCCGGGGCGGAUAUUCUGGAUUAUAAUGGUGAUCCGGGGAGUGUGACGACUCUGCAUCAUAAUUUGUGGAUGAAUUCGAUUGUGGCGAAUACGACUGUUGGGCAGAUUAUGCAGCUGAAUGGGUCGGUGGUUUGUGCCGAGUAUGUGGUUGAUGAGAGUGCGAGGGUGUAUAACACGAGUGUGCGGACGUCGGGGCAUUAUGUGGAUCCUACUGUUUAG